GAGAGGGAGGUGGGCGUUGGAGAGAGUCCGGAGCCUAGCGCUGCCUGAGGCCAGGCUGCUGCGGGAGUCAUGGUGGGGUCGGCGGCCCACGCCGCGGCCGUAGAAGAGCGGCGAAAAAAGCUCCAGGAGUAUUUAGCAGCCAAAGGGAAGCUAAAAUGCCCAAACACCAAGCCUUAUCUCAAAGACCAGAAACUAUAUUCAAAGCCACCAACUUCUAGAUCUACUCUUAGACCAAAAAAUGACACAUUUAAAUGGACCCACCCGUGUGCUGCUGAAAGGUCCACUGGUAAUGUACUCCAGCCGGGAUCUUCCAAUGUCAAUGGAACCCAAAGGCCAAAACCAGCAGCACCAAAAAUUCUGGGGAAAGGACCAAUCACAGGUUCCCUUUCCUCCAAGCCAGACUGUAAACUCUCAAGGAAUACCCAAAUCUGCCAGCUGCAGAAAAUAGCAUCUUCUGCUGUGUACAAGCCGGCCAAAAGGUCUGUACCAUCACAUGAGACCCAGUGUCUGAGAAGAUUUGCAGAGCAGAAGAUGACAAAUCGCAGACUUGGCGGGUGGAUGGACCCUGCGGCCGAGGGCCACGCUGAGAGCCAGUCCUUAGGCGACUUCCCGAAGGAGACGGACAAAGAGAACUGUCCCUUGCCAAGCCUGGUAGAGCUGAAGAGAAAACCAGAAGCUGAGCUUUGCAGCACGGCUAAAUCAAAGGAGAAUUCAGACUGUCCCAGCAAGAGGGGCCUGGCUCCAAAGCAAGCUGUGCACCAGGGGGCCGAGAACAGUGUCCUGCUGAAAGACCAAGUCAACAAGCCAUUUGUUCACAGGAUUCAAGUCUGGGUGCCCACGGGAGAGUGCCAGCAGAUUCCCGAGGGGACGAGCUGCAAAAGACCACGAGACAAGCACCCAAGGACGGUUCCUUCUCACUUGGUUCAGAGCCUUGCCAGGAUUCGGGAAUCCCGGAGACUGGUGAUGAAGAGAGAGAGCGGAAAGGUCAACGAAAACGAGAAAGAGGGUCGCAGCGGAGCCAAGUUACAGGAAAAUGGCAUCAACAAACAGACCGCAGAAAGGAGCCUCCCGAGGACAAACCCGAUGGUGCCGCAGAUAGCAAAGUUCAAUAGGCACGAUAACGGCAAGCCAGAUCUAAAGCUGGUGCAGCCUUUUCCUGAAAGGAAGCCGUCGGUGAUGGCGCCGCCAUUGAGGACUGUGACGAGACAGACUCAGUUGGUAGGUGGCACCCCGAAAGGCAACCCUUAUGGACCCCCCCCAAAGCUUAGUUAUAGCUUGAAAAAAGAGCCACAGCCUGUGGACUCCAAGGCCAAGGGACCUGUGCCCUGGAAUUGUGCUGUGAGAGCCUUGAACCCCAAAGCUCAGCCCCAGAGUGUCACCCAGACAAAGCCGACCACGAGUGAAGAAGGAGUAAGAGAGCCGAUUUUGCCUGACGCCUCUGUCCCCCAAGUCAAGCCGAAUAUCCAGCGGAAGAAAAACGAGGAGGAUCGAAGGAAAAAGCUUGAAGAAUGGCUGGCAUCCAAAGGAAAGACUUAUAAACGACCCCCUAUGAAACUUCUAGCACAAAAUCAAAAUGUGCAAAAAUUAAAUGUUUCCUUCUGGAAAAGCAUGAAAGAGGAGGAGGAAAACAAGAAAACAGAGCUGGAUCUCUCCAACAAAAUUAAGAACACCCUGGCAGAGUGCCUGAAGCUCGUGGAAGAGGGCGCGCGCUCUGAUGAGAUCCUGGCGAUUCUCUCUGGUUUUCCUGAGGCUGAAAAGUUUGCCACGUUCUGGAUCUGCAAGAUCAAGCUUCUGGCGAGUCAAGACAGCUCGGAGGUGAUAGGGCUGUAUGAGGCCGCCGUUCGCUGUGGGGCCGAGCCAAUACAAGAGUUGCGGGAUGUUGUCCUUAACAUUCUGAAGAGCUCCAAGAAGACAGAAGAAGCUUCCCUAGGAAGUACCAGUGAAAACAAUCCUAUAUCUGUGAAAGAGACGGCAAAGGAAGAGACGGCCCAAGAACCCGAGGUCCCCAUCCCAAGAGAGCACGUGCAAGUUGCAGCCACUCCCCAAAUCGCCAAGAAGUACAAAGACAAUCAUUUAAUGCCCUGCAUCAAGUUGCAGAUCACUCCCUUGCCAAGAACUCCCGGUUUGCUGGAGAAACAAGGCGUGAAGCUGGUGACUCCGGUGCGGCGCUCCCUGAGGAUCGAGCACGCCCGCCCCACCUACCCCGAGGUGCUCCGGGAGCACGGCACGGUGGUGGCCUCCCUUGACCAGCUGCCCAGGGUGACGGAGGCCAGCUGCUUCAUCUACUGCAAGAACGAGGCUCUGCCGGAGGAGACCGAGCUCCAGAUCCUUGGGGCGUCGUAGCUCCUGGCUCUCCUGGGAAGGGACUUGACGCUUCAGAGAGCCCUGGCGGGAGCUGUCCCCUGGCUCGGGGCAUGUGGCCCCCAGCAGGCUGGGCCGGGUGCAGCCCCCAGGCCCAGGAAGCUCAGUCCGAGGGGACUUGGAUUCAUUGACUCUGAUAAUCUGUGCACAUUCCAUACCCCACGUUUAGACUUAGGAAUGAUUGAUUUAUGAGACAGUAUUGGAAAAUAUAUGACCUUCAAGUCAGUAAGUAUUUAUUUUAUCUUUGUUGUUGUUGACGACGAUGUCAUCGCCCAUUGAUCCGGCACUUCGGCUAGACCUGCGCUUUAUGUCCAUCUGGUCACCGGAUCCUCGCGGCCGCUCCAGGAGGGGCAGGGACCAGACAUAAGGCUCCCCGUGUUACUCUGCCCCGAGGGGCACAGCGCCUUCUGGCUUUCCAAGAAGCAGUGUUUUCCAUGCUCCCUGACUGUUGGUGAGGCAGAAGUCGGCGUUCUCUGGGCAGUGUUCUCAGGCCGUGAAUCACGGGCUCCAACAAGCACCUGCUUUGGGCCUAGCACCGUGCCCGGUACUGAAGGGGGCUUGCCCUCGAGCUUACACUGGACCCCCGCCCCAGGGGGAGAUCGUUCAGCUGGUGGGCGGAGCUGAGAGAGAAUCAUCAUCAAGAACAUGUGUGGCUGGGAAAGGUCACGAGGGGGAGAAGAGUGGGCGUGAGCAGCUCCAUCGGGUCCCCGUAGCGUCGGAAGGACGAGGAUGGCCUCCGGACCGGACGGGAAGGGCGCGGACGAGAAGCACCUGCGGGAGCAGCCCCUGCCCACACUCCCUCACCUCCCGGGGCUCUCGGGGCCUGGGAAUCGUCCUGCUGUCGGCCCGCGGCAGACCUCGGCCACGGGCCCCUUGAGUGCGAGACACGGAGCCGGGAGCCGAGCGGCCCCGGGCCCCGAGUGCUUGUAGAGGCGCGCCUGAUCUCUGGCUGCCGGGCAGGCUGGGACCUCGCCACUCCCAAGCUUCUCUGCUCAUCCAGUUGAGCGCCUUCGUUUUACAAAGAAAUACGUUUAGAAUGGCUUGGAUCCUCAAUUUUGAGCUGGAAGAGAUCUUGGAGGUUUCUAAACCAUCUCCCUCACCUUACAGAUGAGGGAAAGAGGGAAGCGCGGCUCGAGUGGCCCAAGUCCCACAGAGCCAGCAUUGGAACUCGCCUCCUUUGUCUCGAGAUCUAGCACACUUUGCAUUGGAACCCUCAGAAAGCACCCAGCAAGUCGAUGCUUUCUUAUCAAGUGUCCGAAUCUCAGAGUCGGAAAGGACUCAGCCUGCUCCGAGCCGUAUGGAAUCAGUGACAAAGGCUCUCCAGCAUCUCCUUGAAACUCUCCUCUGUUCUUUACUGACUUCCCCUGCGGGGGCCCUCCAGAGAACUGGAGGUGAUCGCCGUGCUCCCCCCAGAGAACUGGAGGUGAUCGCCGUGCUCCCCCCAGCCUCUUGUCCAGCCGAAGCAGCCUCCCCAGUUCCUUUGACCAAUCCUCAUAUGGCAUGUUCUCCCUUCCUCCCAUCAGUCCUAUUGACCUCCUAUUCAUGUUGAUCUAUGCUGUAUCUAAAACGAGGCACCCAGAUUUUAUCAUAGUAACGGUAAAUGCCGUCGGGCCCACGGGGAGGAGGGAGGUACGUGCAGGGCCGGGCUUGGCGCAGCCCAGGAGGGCCUGGAGUUCUUGAGCUGAUUUGUCAAACUGUGGACCUCUUGGGCUUAGAGACCAUUAAGAUGCCCAGAUCUUUUUUAGAGGAACAGCCACCUCCUCAGACGUGAUCCUUUCAAUUGAUGAUUUAUUUUUGACUACAAUGUAGCACUUUAUGUUUAAAUCCUAACUUUUUCCACAGAUUUUGUUUGUUUUUCUAGGGUCUUUGGGGAUCCUAUCAUUCUCUGUGUCACCUACUCCAUCUUUCUUGAAUAUUUGAAUAUUGGAGAAGUCUCACUUCUCUGCCUUUAUCACAGAUAAAUAAGCACAAUGUUGACCAGCACAACCCACAUAGUAGAGCAUUCCACUCGAGGCCUCCCCCAACAGAUUUAGGAGUCCAUGACUGGUCGGAUCAUCCGGGCAGAAUUCAAUCUGCCCAACAGCAGUCUCCUCAAGCCUUCGUUUCUUGGUCUUGCCCACACGAUAGCACAAGAGGACUUGUGAUGGGCUUGAUGCAAUUUGAGUUUACUGUGUGUAAACUAGCCUUUUCCCAUGCUGCUCCUCAAACGGGACCACAUUUGUUUGCCCUCUCCAGCUUUGCAGCUUCUCUCCCAUUUUCCAGGAUCUUUCAGAGGCAAUCAAGUCAACUUCUCACAUCUGCCAAUUUUCCCAAUCCCAGAAUUUCAUUGUGGCCCAGUUGCUUGAACUCGCCAAAGUGAAACGGAUUUUGUUUUCUCCCUUACCUUGGCUGCCUGCUAGUGUUUCGCUCCCCUCCCAUGACCAGGCUGCUGCUAGAUUAAACAGAGGCAGGAAUGAGUAGAUGGGCUCAGCCUUCUCUCCGGUUCAUGCUGUCCCAGUCUCCCCACAGCGCUCUUCUUGAAGAACCUCCUUUGCUUCCAUGGCCCCCGACCCCGACUCGUGAUCAUUGUGAGCGUCGCCUGUGAUUCCUCCUGCGGGCUGCCGGUGCUCUGGUGUAGUGAUCCACAAGUACUUGCCCCUGCUGCCAGUCUCGGCCCCUGGGCGGCGCGCCCCAUCCUGCUCUCACCCAGUGCUGCCUUCUGCUUGUGUCUUCAGAAUUUCAUUCUUGAGAACCUUUAGAUCUCUCUUGGACUGAAUUCUUUCAGAGAAUAGUAGGUUUUUGGAGUCCACCUACCCUUCCUCUGAACCCUUUCAAAUCUACUCUGCCAAAAUGCAGAGUGCGCCCGGCUUUCCUCUCAGCGAAUGGAUGGAAAACUAACGUUGUCUGGCAUCCCAGUAUCAUGGUUAUGAAUACUGCUUGUCCCCUUGGGCGAUCUAACCCUUUGGGGGAGCUUACCUUCUCCUUCUCAUCUGUUUGUUCUCACGUCUUGAUGAGGUAGGCACAGCUUCGUUUGGGUAAUGGGAAGCCGAAGCAAAGAGGUCAAAAUGGUCUGUCCACAAUCUCGUGUUGAAAAUCCGGAUAAUCUGAAUCCACUGCCACUAGACCUUGUGUUUCUCUUUUCAGGGUUGGCAAAAGUUAUCAAGAGAGUUAAAAAAGAUGGUACUUCUGUGGUUUGUAUAAACUUCUCCAUUAUUAGAGUAGUAUCACUGACCACAUGCUCAUUACUCCGUCUCCUAAGGCCGGCUCUUGUCUAGCAAAGCCAAGCCCAAAUCAAGGGCCGGGUCGUUGGGCCCAAAUCUCGGGCCGGGUCGUUGGGCCCAAAUCUCGGGCCGGGUCGUUGGGCCCAAAUCUCAGCUUUGCUUUUGUCCAUGAAAUUCAGUUGCCAAUCCUCUGGGGACUUUGCUUCAACCCUUGGGCCCUGGAGUCUAAGGGAACUUUAUUUGGGAGGAAAGAUUAAAUCCCAAAUGAUUAGCUGACUGUUCAAGUGAGCUAUGAGUUGCCAUCAAAUGGUGAUAAAACUUAACUGGGAGCAAGCUUAUCCCUGUGUAAGAAAGCCACAAAUACAGACAAGUGUUUGUGCACAAUCAAAUAGAGUGAGACUUUUGUUGUCUUUUAUAUUAUCUUCCCGCACCUUGUAAAAAGGCCUCAUUGUAUGAGGAGGCCCAUCCUAGAGAUUGCUUUAUAUGAGCAAAUAUGAGUGAAGGCCCCAUGUGGGGCCCCCGCACACGAGUACAGUUUGUGGUACCCUGCCCAGGAUAGCCCAACGAUGGGGGGCCUAAGCGUUCUCAGGCCUAGCCUUAUGGCCAGGGGUGAAGGCAGGAACCAAAACGGCCGUGGUGCCGCCGUGCCUGGCAGAGGUGGUGCCCGGACUUGGCAGGAGGUGGUCGCAGGCUCAGGAGACAUAGAUCCUGGGGGACUGAACACUUAACCCUUUCUGGGACCACCCAGCCAGGGGGCACUUAGCCUUGCAGGGGGCACUGAAUAAAAGUAGAAGCGAGAACAAAGGGGAGAGUUGUCAGGUGGCUUCUGGGCCAAGGGGGAAAAGAACUUAAGGGAGAGUGUGUCAGGUGGCUUCUGGGCCAAGGGGGAAAAGAACAGGGGAGAGUGUCACAGGUGACUUCUGGGCCAAGGGGGAAAAGAACCCAGGGGGAGAGUGUGGGUCAGGUGGCUGCUGGGCCAAUGGGGUAAAGAAGCCAGGGGAGAGUGUCACAGGUGGCUUUUGGGCCAAGGGGGAAAAGAACCCAGGGGACAAUGUGGGUCAGGUGGCUGCUGGGCCACGGGGGAAGUGGUGGUCCCCCCAAUGUAGACUGGGAAGCAGCAAGAGGUGCGCGCUUCUCUGCUUUGUGCUCAGGCUGGGCAUGAAGCUGCCUGGUCAGCCAGGGGCUGGACUGCCCCACUCCGCUUUAACCCUAUUAGAGCCAAGCCCCAUCUGUGAGGGGCAUGGCAAUGAGCAUAGGCUAUCCUGGGGUCCUGCUGGGCAACUCGUACUAACCAGUAUUUAUAUAUAUAUAUAUAUAUAUAUAAGAUACGUAUAUAGUGGUCUCAGGUUGGUGAGAAGCACUUUACAGACAUAUCCUGCUCCAGGAUAAAGUGAAAGGAGAAUCACAUAAAUAUAAUGUAUAAGAGGAAAUGUGGCAAAUGUAUGUAUUUGUUUUGCUGUACUAUGCUUCUUAUAAGGGGGGAGGGAAGGAACCACUGGGGGAAAAAAGUUUUAUUUUUUAAAAGAGCAUCAAUAAAAUAUUUGCCAAAAAUGUAGAUGGCAAAUUUGCUGUUUAGCACUAAAAUAAAUGUGUAAGUGUAUUUUCUUAGAGAAAAAAAACUAUUAAAACCCUUAAUUUAAAA